AUGUUACCCAUUUUGGUGGACAAGUGUUUGGUUGAAGUGAAUGACAGGAAAAGGAAACCAAUGGCGGCCAUAAUUGUUUUGCUGUUAAUUACACAUAUAUUAUUGUGGACUGAAUGGCAGUUCACAGCCAUGGAUAAUAUCCAAGAGAUUUGUGGUGAUCUCAAGACAAUCGCCAAACUCUUGAGCACUAAAGAGGCAACUGAUCCGAAGAUAUUUGACGAGAUUGUGGCCAAAGUUUGCCGUUUAUGUGAAGAUGACAUGAAUUGUCGACAGAUUUACGAAACGAUUGAACCGCAGAUGAAUGAACUGAUCGACAAUCAGACACUGGAUGACAGCUCAAGACACCGAUGGCGUAUCAUUGAUACCAUGACUCGUGCCAUCAUUUUGUUGAACCAGUUGUCGGACGAAGAGCUGAUCUCUAAUCAAAACUUUCUGACCAUUAAUCAACACUUCCAACGGAUCCAACAUCUGUUCCUAUCAGUCGGCGACAACUCGUGGACACUAACAGACCAUCAGAUGAUUACUUAUCGGUUUAUCUACUCUUUGACCACAAUUUUGAUCAAAUUAUUGAAUACGAAAUCAAUUAUCGGUCGCAUUCUUCUGGAGGACUGUUUCGCGUCACUCAUAGCGUCGCUGAUGUCUGUCAGACACGACAGCGGAUCAGAUGAAAAUAUGGCAGCGAUUGACGAAGAGUUGUCCGCAUUGUUAACGGGUUUCGAUCAGACGAUUGUAAUCCGAAAUCUAUUGCUGUUAUCUCGAUGUCAAGCAAUCAAAUGGUCUAAUAAUGAGAUCUCCAGAAGUCUGUCGAAGUGUUUAAUCAGAGAUUUGGGACUCAUUUCACUUAUUAAUGCUGUCAUCGAUUGCGACCAAACGUCUGAACGACAGACAACUCUUAACCAAAGAUAUCAAGCGAUCGGAACUAUUGUCUCUGCGAUGCCUGUCUUGUGCUGUUCCUUAAGACAAUAUUAUGAGAUAAUUGGCGGACAAGUAUUGGAACUGAUGGUCAGUGCCAACCAAUAUCACCACACCAUUGGUGCCAUAAUUCUCAUGAGUUUAGAGAAUAGGAAUCAGAAGUUAACUCAAGAGUUGAUUAUAAAUAAAAUACUGGAUUUGUUUCUAACAUUUAAAGUGUGUGUCAGCGAUGGUGUGAUUGGCAUUGAGUUCAGAGUAUCAUGUGAUUGGAAGAUGACAUUCAGUCCGUCAAUCACUGCAUCACUGCUUACCUGUGCUCUCAUUGACUCCAUUCACGAGAGUGUUGCACCGAUUUUAAGCAAUUUCCCCGAAAAGUCCAUUAAGUUUGUGAUCAAUUUGUUUGAGAGGUUGGCGGCAGAACAGUCCAUAGAUGGAUCAGUUGCUGAUAAUACCGGUGUAGAUAUUGAUUGUCAUUUAGAUGUGGAGUUCGCCGAAAUGAAACGAAACUCACUGAUAAUGUGUUUGCAAAUCGUGGAGAUAUUACUGAAAGAAAGAGAUAAACUCAAGAACCAAGACGUGAUUCAAUUGAAACAAUUGAUUCCAACGCUGGAUGUGCUGUCAAAGAGUCAGCAUUUUGAUGAGAAAAUGCGAAAGACAGCCAUUGAUGUGAGAAAUCGUAUUGAAUUGUAUGCAAAUAAUGGGACCCUUUCUGGAAGUGAUGGCAAACUGAACAACGACUUCGAGUUAGCCAUGAAUGAGAUGAAUGAUCCGCUGAUGCCUGUGAGGGCUCACGCGCUCAUUAAACUCAAGCAAUUGAUUUACGCCAAAGACAGACACCUACUCGACAAUAGGUCUCAACUGAUCAACGCGUUGAAGAUGUGUCUCAACGACAGCGAGUCAUACAUCUAUUUGUCAGCAGUGAACACACUGUCCACACUCGCCAUCCUAUGCACAGAUGAUGUGCUACCGGUGCUGAUUCAGGAGUUCUCUGACAGCGAUAGGAAAGUGGAGGAUAGGGUGAAAGUGGGCGAAGUGUUGACGCGUUUGUCAAAAUCUAUCGGCGAUUUCGGUCACCACUACUCCAAGCAAUACAUGAGUUGUUUCCUAAAUGGCCUCAAAUCAGGGGAACCGGCGAUACGGAUAUCCAGUUUAUCCAAUUUGGGACAGUUUUGCGGGGCUCUGAGAUUCGCACUCAAGCCAUAUAUUGUGGAACUGAUGUCUGCGGUGGAGGCGCUGCUCAAUACUGACGAGUCGAUGGAAGUGAAACGUUCUUCAGUCCAUUUCCUGCAUCUUAUGUUAAAGGGUGUGGAAAGGGAUACCAUUGAGGCAGUGGCUCAACAGUUGAAAGACAUUCAUAGGCUCUUAAGGGACAUAAGACACAAGGGCCCCAUGACAGUCGAUGACAUUCUUCAACUUCACGCACAGCUGGCCAUGGAUGAGAUCGACCGCAUCUAUAGAGAUCUCUGUACACCGACUACUAGUCUCGAGAAGAAUAUUAAGAUUCUUAGUCUUUAGUUUGUUGAAGAGGUGUUUGAAUGAGUGACAGGUUUUGUGUAACUAUUUAUUUGAUUUGUUUUGUAAUUUUAUAAACUUUUUUAUAUUUAAAUUUGUUUUAAAAU